AUGUUGCACACAACCUGCGUUCUUGUGCUUGUGACUGACCAAAAACAAGUCUGUCUAUAUCAUUGCUGUGCUUGCUACUGACGUUUUCUCGCAGUUGUGUUCAAGUUUGCAAUAAUUUGUCACUUUUUCUGUAUUUUUCUGCGUACCAGCGUGUUUCCGGUGACGUUAGUAAAGUUUUAUUCGAGCUGCUGGAUGUUCCAGAGAACCGUUAACCGGUACCGGUGUUUAGCUAGCAGCUGGUGGAUGGCAGGUGACGGUCAGCCGCUGGAAAUAACGUCCGUAGCUUCAGUCUGGAGGUAAAACACACAUUUAACGCAACUCACACAGAUGCCUCCUAAUAAGAGAAUACAGAAGAAAACGCUGAAGCUGGAGUGUGAAUGGGGUUCGUGUCAGGAGUCGUUCAGUCGCAUGGAAAACUUUUGCAAACAUGCAGAGGGUCAUCUUACUGCUCUGAACAUGGCGGAGGAGGACGAAGAAGAAGCAGAAGGGGAGAGAAACUGUCUCUGGAGAGACUGUGGCUUCUGCUCUGUUGAGGGGUCUGAAGAACUGCGUCGGCAUCUGUUCUUUCACUGCUAUCACACCAAGCUGAAGCAGUUGGGUCAGCAGGUCCUCAAUGCCCAGCCAGAAAUUGGCAGCUGCUCCAUCGCCUACCACAACCACAACAUCAUCCCAGAAAUCCCAGACAAUUUUGUCUGUCUGUGGGAGGAUUGUGAGCAACCACCGUACGAAAACCCAGAGUGGUUCUACCGACAUGUGGAGAUGCACAGCCAGUGCAUAGAUAUACCGGCAGGAGACUGUGAAUUGCCAAUACGCUGUGGAUGGAAGGAUUGUGAAGCCACUGCUAAAGGGCGUCCAAAGCUGCGGGAGCACCUGCGCAGCCACACCCAGGAGAAGGUCGUAGCAUGUCCAGGUUGUGGAGGGAUGUACGCCAACAACACCAAGCUCUUUGACCACAUCAUACGACAGAGCGCCAUGGAAGGUCAGAGGUUCCAGUGUUCUCACUGUUCCAAGCGCUUUGCAACAGAAAGACUACUGAGAGACCACAUGAGGACUCACGUGAGCCACUACAAAUGUCCACUGUGUGACAUGACUUGCCCAUCACCCUCGUCACUGCGCAGCCAUAUCAAGUUUCGCCACAGUAACGAGAAGCCGUACAGCUGUGACUACUGUGAAUACAGCUGUAAGAAUCUGAUUGACUUGCGCAAACACCUGGAUACCCACAGCAGCGAGCCGGCUUUCCACUGUGACGUUCCCGGCUGUGGCUUCACCUCUCGCACUCUUGGCACCAUGAAGACUCACCACAAAAGAGAGCAUGAGGGGAGUUUUGUAGCUCGCUACAAGUGCCAUGUGUGUGGCCAGUGUUUCACCAGGGGCAACAACCUAACUGUCCAUCUGCACAAAAAGCACCAGUUCAAGUGGCCCUCUGGACACCCCAGGUUCAGGUACAAAGAACACGAAGACGGUUUCUUGCGACUGCAGCUGAUUCGCUACGAGAGUGUGGAACUGACAGAGCAGUUGAUGAGGGAAAGACAAAACAGGCAGGGGGAGGACGACGGUGACCAGACUGAAGGUCAGGAGCUGGAGGAAGAAUCUGCAGGAGCGGCUCCUUCAGAGGUGCAGGUAGAACUGAGAGGGGUGCUGCUGGAGGAGCAGAGGGCUGAGGAGCCGACCAUCAGCGCUGAGGAGGACGGUCAGGAGGAGGGCAUGUUGUACGUCCUCACUGGAGCUUUGUCACAGGGAGGGGAGGACUCUGUCAUGCUGCAGCUGCAGGACGCUGCUCAGCAACAAGGAAUGCAGGUGAUUUGACUUGACACACGUCCUGUACGUAGCAGGAAAAUCUAUAAUCCGUUGUGCUAAUUCUUCUGUGGAGGACAUUAGUGUCUAAUGUUGGCUGGUACCGAGAUGUUGCUUGUAUUUUAAUAUAAAGUGAAGAAUUUGAAGGAAAUUAAAACAUUCAAAUGAAGAUACACAUGCUCUAUUGCAACUGAUUUUGACUAUACGCCUAUAUUAGGUAAUAAAACUGUUCUGCUGUGUUUGGUUUGCUAAUGUUGAGCAUCCUGUUUGCCAGUGUUUUUAAAUUAUUUUCAGUUCAUUCACUGUAUCACGCUGUAACAUCUUAACACAGUUGGAUGCUAAUGCUGCGCUGCUCAGUGGGUUUUCAUUCAUUCAAAUUUAGAAAUACAUCAGCCACAACCCUUAAAUGAUAUGAGUCACAGGAAUGGUGCAUUAAUAUUCAUUAAAAUGUGUGGAAUCCAGCAGAGGCAGCUUCGGAAGUGUGUUGAUUCUUAAUCUGCAACUUGAAUAAACAUGUGAAAGUUUUGGUUUAUUUAGAUGUUUUUACUGUUGCACAGAAAAAUGUUUUCUUGAAUGAUUAAUUUUAACAAGUUAUUUAAAGAAUAUUAUUUGUUGUUCACAUGUAUUAUAUAUUACUUGCAGGUCACUACAUAGUGUGCUUCCAUUAUGGUGCCUCCUGCUGAAUGUAAUUGAUGUACUGCAGCUUUGUUUAGUUAUUAGCUGGGACUGUAAUAAAUGGGCAUUUUAUUUAUCUAAAACAACUGUUCAGUCACAAGGAAAUUAAUCUGCAAUGAUUUUAACGAUAAGUUCAUUUUUUUAAAACAAUGACAAUAAAUAUUAGCAACUCUAAUUGUCAAAUUUCA